AUGAGCCUCCGGGCUUUUAGCCUGAGGCCUGGAGCCAGGCUUGAGCCAGGAAGUGUCUGCAGCGAAUGCCUGUUUCGCUUUCUAGCUCCUCCCAAUGCGAUCCCUCGACGGACAUUUGCGGCGGCGGGGAGCUUGCACAAUAAACUAUCUCAGCCUCGAGUGCUUCCGCGAAUAUUAAGGAAAUCGUACUUUUCAUCGUAUAUGCCAGAUUUACCACAAGCGACUUUCUUAUCACGAUCGAAAAAGUCCGCCUCCUUUACACAUCAAGCCUCGCUCUUUGAAUCUGCGGCACCAGAGUCCAGAGGACAGACAUCCAAUCCGGCUGCACAACUGCAAGGCUCCCCCGACGCCGUUGACGAACUACCACAUCGUCGCAGACAGCGACUAAAAGCUGAAAAGGAAAAUGGGCCUACUGGGUCCGCGGAGAACGCCAUUCGUCCCGAUGCUUCAUCACGACUCUCCACUCUCUCCUCCUCGUUGCCCAAAACCUCCGUACGGCGGCAACUAGCAGCGUAUCUCGCUCUCACAAAACCGCAACUCUCCUUUCUCGUCGUUCUCACUGCCACUGCCGCCUAUGGGAUAUAUCCCAUGCCCACCCUUCUCGCCCUCGACCCCUCCAUAACCCCCCUUCCAACCUUAUCAACAUCGACACUGACAUGCCUGUACCUUACAGUCGGCACUUUCCUUUCGGCAGCCAGUGCCAACACUCUCAAUAUGAUUUUUGAGCCCAAGUACGAUGCUCAAAUGUCUCGCACCCGCAACCGACCUCUUGUCCGCAAGCUCCUCACUCCCCGUGCGGCUUGGCUCUUCGCCAUUGGCACAGCAACUGUCGGUGUUACGGCUCUGUAUUUUGGCACGAAUCCCACGGUCGCGGCCCUAUCCGCCGCCAAUAUAAUCCUAUAUGCCUUUGUAUACACUCCCAUGAAACGGAUGUCCGUCGUUAAUACUUGGGUCGGUGCAAUUGUCGGCGGAAUACCCCCGCUAAUGGGCUGGGCGGCUGCCGCUGGUCAAACGGCGAUAACAGGGCACGAUACUUGGCGGGACCUUUUGUUCGGGCCGGAUAGCUUGGGCGGCUGGUUACUCGCCGGAAUAUUGUUUGCAUGGCAAUUUCCCCACUUCAAUUCCCUCUCUCACGUUAUUAAAGAAGACUAUAAGAAUGCUGGAUACAGAAUGCUAGCAUGGACAAAUCCGGCGCGAAAUGGCCGGGUUGCGCUCCGAUAUUCGCUUCUCAUGUUCCCUCUUUCCUUUGGUCUGUGGUGGGUUGGUAUUGUCAACAAAGGCUUUCUAGUUGGCGGGACUGUGGUUAACCUUUGGCUGACCAAAGAGGCGUAUCGAUUCUGGAAGUUGCAAGGCGCAAAAGGCACAGCACGAGGUUUAUUCUGGGCAAGUGUGUGGCACCUGCCACUGUUGAUGGUGGGAACAUUAGUUGCAAAAACAGGCGUAUGGGAUGGUGUUUGGAACAAGGCUAUGGGCAUUGUGUAUGAUGAAGACGAGGAGGACGAGGAAUACCUGGAUGAGGAGGAAUUCCGCGAGAGCCAAGAUGCUCAGGUCUCGACUCAAUUGGCCCAAACUACGAAGCCCUUUGUUUAA